AUGUGGCGAGACCGCACCAACCUCUAUAUAUCGUACCGCCAGUCCUACGCUCACCACCCGGCCAAGAAGACUCGGUACGGAUCCGGCCCCGGCGGCGUUGGAAAUGGCUUCUCGGAAUUUGGUCGCGGUAGCGGCAAUACAGCCGCCGAGGAUCAACAGGGUCUGCUAUCGGGCGCCGACUACCACGACGAUGGCGAUGCGGUGAUCGAGAUGGACCUCCUGCCUCCGCGCUGGGCCGAUAUCAACGACGAAGUAUCCGAUCUGUUGGCCGACGUGGCCCGGAAGUCGCAAACCCUCGAGAGGCUACACCAGAAGCAUGUGCUACCUGGCUUCAACGAUGAGGAGGCUAAGAAGGCCGAGGAGGGCGAAAUCGAGCGAUUGACCCAGAAUAUCACCAAGAGCUUUCACGAGUGCCACCGGUGCAUACAGCGCGUCGAGCAGAUGGUGCGCGAGGGCAAGCGAGCGGGCACCAUGACGAGAGCCGAGGAGACAAUGGCCAAGAACAUACAAGUAAGCCUCGCCUCAAGGGUACAGGAGGCAAGCGCCGGCUUCAGAAAAAAACAAAGCGCAUACUUGAAGAAGCUCCGUGGCAUGUCCGGUCUCGGCGCGGUAUCGCCAGGGAUAGAGCGAAGCCCGACGCCCCUCGGCGGCAUUUCCAGCAGCAACUACGCAGCCGACCCAUCCCUCCUCGAAUCCGAUGCCGAUCGCUCGUACUCCCAAUCCGCCCUGCAACAGACGACGCACCAGAAGCUGCUGCACAGCAACGACGCCGCGAUCCUGCAGCGCGAGCGCGAGAUCGAGGACAUCGCGCAGGGCAUCAUCGAGCUGUCGGACCUGUUCCGCGACCUGCAGAACAUGGUCAUAGACCAGGGCACCAUGCUCGACCGCAUCGACUACAACGUCGAGCGCAUGGCUGUCGACGUCAAGAGCGCAGACCGCGAACUCGUCGUCGCCGCCGGCUACCAAAAGAAGACCACCAAGCGCAAGCUUAUACUGCUGCUAGUACUGCUCGUCGUCGGCGCCAUAAUACUCCUCGUCCUGAAGCCGAAGAGGCACGGCGGAGGCGGGGGCGGCGACGAUGAGGGGUGA